AUGUCUCAGCCGCCGCCGCCACCGCCUCCCCCUCCUCCUCCUCCUCCCCCCGAGGCGCCGGCGGCGGCCGCUGCUGCUGCGGCGGCGGCUCAGGGGGGGCUCACGAAGCGGAAAGACCGACGCAUCCUGUCCGGGAACUGCCCAGACCCCAAGUGCCAGGCGCGUUUGUUCUUCCCGGCCUCUGGCUCGGCCAGCAUCGAGUGCACGGAGUGCGGGCAGCGGCACGAGCAGCACCAGCUGCUGGGGGUGGAGGAGGUGACCGACCCGGACGUGGUCCUGCACAACCUGCUGCGGAACGCGCUGCUCGGGGUGACGGGGGCCCCCAAGAAGAACACGGAGCUGGUGAAGGUGCUGGGCCUUUCCAACUACCAUUGCAAAUUGCUGUCUCCCAUUCUGGCCCGAUAUGGGAUGGACAAACAGACGGGCAGGGCCAAGCUGCUCCGAGACAUGAAUCAGGGCGAGCUGUUUGACUGCGCCCUAUUGGGCGACCGCGCCUUUCUCAUUGAGCCCGAGCAUGUCAACACUGUGGGUUAUGGCAAGGACCGCUCUGGAAGUCUGCUCUAUUUGCAUGACACCCUUGAGGACAUUAAGAGGGCCAACCGGAGUCAGGAGUGCUUGAUUCCAGUGCAUGUAGAUGGAGAUGGUCACUGCUUGGUGCAUGCUGUGUCCCGGGCUUUAGUGGGCCGGGAGCUAUUCUGGCAUGCGUUGAGAGAGAAUCUUAAGCAGCACUUUCAGCAGCACCUGGCUCGAUAUCAAGCCCUCUUUCACGAUUUCAUUGAUGCUGCCGAGUGGGAGGACAUUAUUAACGAAUGUGACCCCCUUUUUGUGCCACCUGAGGGUGUCCCCUUGGGGUUGAGGAACAUCCACAUUUUUGGCCUUGCCAAUGUGCUACACCGGCCCAUUAUUCUCCUGGAUUCCCUCAGUGGCAUGAGAAGCUCUGGAGACUAUUCUGCCACUUUUCUUCCUGGGCUCAUCCCUGCAGAGAAGUGCACUGGUAGAGAUGGCCAUCUGAACAAACCAAUCUGCAUCGCAUGGAGUAGUUCUGGCCGAAACCACUAUAUUCCUUUGGUCGGCAUAAAAGGAGCUGCUUUACCCAAACUGCCCAUGAAGCUACUUCCUAAAGCAUGGGGAGUGCCUCAGGACCUCAUUAAAAAGUAUAUUAAACUUGAGGAGGAUGGUGGGUGUGUGAUUGGAGGAGACAGGAGUUUGCAGGACAAAUACUUAUUAAGACUUGUGGCUGCUAUGGAGGAAGUCUUCAUGGACAAACAUGGUAUUCAUCCUAGUUUAGUUGCAGAUGUUCAUCAAUAUUUCUAUAGGAGAACUGGGGUAAUAGGAGUUCAACCUGAAGAAGUAACAGCAGCUGCUAAAAAAGCAGUGAUGGAUAAUCGCCUUCACAAGUGUUUGAUCUGUGGUGCCCUUUCUGAACUUCAUGUCCCUUCUGAGUGGUUGACUCCAGGAGGGAAACUGUACAACCUGGCCAAAAGUACUCAUGGACAGCUGAGGCCUGACAAAAAUUAUAGUUUCCCUUUGAACAAUCUGGUAUGCUCAUAUGAUGCAGGGAAAGAUGUUCUGGUCCCAGACUACAGUUUGAGUAAUCUAACAGCUUGUAAUUGGUGCCAUGGCACAUCAGUGCGAAGAGUGAGAGGUGAUGGUUCUGUUGUGUAUUUGGAUGGGGACAGAACUAAUACCAGGUCCACUGGUGGUAAAUGUGGUUGUGGAUUCAAACAUUAUUGGGAAGGUAAAGAAUAUGACAAUCUCCCUGAGGCUUUUCCUAUUACUUUGGAAUGGAGUGGAAGAGUGGUCAGGGAAACAGUGUAUUGGUUCCAGUAUGAAAGUGAUGUGUCUUUGAAUAGCAAUGUUUAUGACGUUGCAAUGAAACUUGUUACCAAACAUUUCCCUGGUGAAUUUGGGAGUGAAAUCUUAGUUCAGAAAGUUGUCCACACUAUAUUACAUCAGACAGCCAAAAAGAAUCCUGAUGACUAUACUCCUGUAAAUAUAGAUGGUGCUCAUGUCCAGAGAGUUGAGGAUGUACAACAUGGGCAAGAUUUGGAGUCUCAACUUCCAACUAAAAUUAUUCUUACUGGGCAGAAAACAAAAACUUUGCACAAGGAGGAAUUAAAUAUGAGCAAAACUGAAAGAACUAUUCAACAAAACAUUACGGAACAAGCUUCUCUAAUGCAGAAACGGAAAACUGAGAAGUUAAAACAAGAACAAAAAGCCCAGCCAAGGACUGUUUCUCCAAGCAUCAUUCGUGAUGGUCCGUCAUCUGCUCCUGCUACUCCUACCAAGGCUCCUUAUUCACCAGUAUCUACUAAGGAGAAGAAGAUCCGUAUAACAACAAAUGAUGGACGGCAGUCCAUGCUUACACUCAAACCCUCAACAACCUAUUUUGAACUUCAGGAAAGCAUAGCCAGAGAAUUUGAUAUUCCUCCAUAUUUACAAUGUAUUCGAUAUGGUUUUCCUCCUAAAGAGCUAAUGCCCCCCAAAGCUGGAAUGGAAAAGGAGCCUGUGCCCUUACAACAUGGUGACAGAAUAACCAUAGAAAUUCUAAAAGGCAAAGAAGAAGGUGGUCAGCCUGGUGCAGCACACUCAGCACACACUGUGAAACAUGAAGAUAUUGCUGUUACUAGCAAAAUAUCUUCUAAGGAACUUCAGGAGCAGACUGACAAGGAAAUGUACUCCUUGUGUCUUCUAGCAACAUUAAUGGGAGAAGAUAUCUGGUCUCAUGCGAAAGGACUUCCUCACUUGUUCCAACAGGGUGGGGUGUUCUACAACAUAAUGAAGAAAACCAUGGGUAUGGCUGAUGGCAAGCAUUGCACUUUUCCACAUCUUCCUGGUAAAACCUUUGUCUACAAUGCUUCAGAAGAUAGAUUGGAAUUGUGUGUGGAUGCAGCUGGGCACUUCCCCAUUAGUCCUAAUGUUGAAGAUUCAGUGAGAGAGGCUUUAAGUCAGGUUCGGGCAGAGACUACUUCAAGAAGUCGAGAAUCAAGUCCCUCACAUGGUCUCUUGAAAUUAGGUAGUGGUGGAGUAGUGAAAAAAAAAUCAGAACAACUACAUAAUGUAACUGCCUUCCAAGGAAAAGGGCAUUCUCUUGGGACUGCGUCUAGUAGCCCUCUCCUUGAUCAGAGAGCUAGAGAAGGUCCGGUUGUUAGAAAACAUAGUACAGGAACAGAUUUUGCUGCUAGUUCUGCAAAACCAGAUCCUUCAGUAUUUACAGCACCUCCUGGUAAUAGUGAGCUUAUUCGGAUAGCUCCUGGAGUAGUAACAAUGAGAGACAGUCGGCAGCUGGAUCCUAACUUGAUUGAAGCCCAGCGAAAAAAAUUGCAGGAAAUGGUUUCAUCUAUCCAGGCUUCAAUGGACAGGCACUUACGCGAUCAGAAUACAGAACAGUCACCAACUGAUUUUCCUCAAAGGAAAGUAGAAGUUGUAAGUUCAUCUGCAAAAUCUGGGAGUUUUCAGGCUGGCUUACCUGAAUCUUUUCCUGUAACUGGUGGUACUGAGCAUUUGAAUGCAGAAACAACUGGUGGAAAUGUGGCAAGUGCAAUGGGAACAACGUUUGCUACAAGGUCGAAAGCACAAAAAGGAAAUUCUGUGGAUGAGCCUGAAGAGAUGGAUAGUCAAGAUGCUGAAAUGACUAAUGCAACUGAGCCAAUGGAUCAUUCUUGAUUAGUGAGGGGCUACUAAGGGCAGAAUGUUUAUUGUGAAUAUGUAAUGUUGUUGGCUGGGCCACAUACAUGAUUAGUCAUUUAAAAGAAAAAAUCUUGUAUGUAUAUUUCAAAGAUUAUAUCUUGUUCUUCAGUGCAUGAUAGCAAGUGUGUGAUUGGCAAUAGCUUUUAAUAUACUCCUGCCCAGGCUGGCUCUGAAUUACCUGUAAAUUAGUUAUUAGAAGAUGCACUGAGAAUGAGUUUCUGCUGUAGAUGUGGGUAAUUGAAAGUUCUUUGUAAUUUUAAUUCCAUGAGAGUCUUAAUUCUUCAAACAUGUGAAAGUUCUCUUGCUAAGUAUGUUUAAGAUUACUGAAAAAGCUAGAACUGGGCAAAAAAUUAAAUUUGUUGAAGUUAAUGUUAUUCCAAAUAACUAUCCCAGACAUUUAUUAUAGUGUAAAAAUAUGUUUAUGUAAAUCUGAGAGCAACCAGAACUGAACUGUAUAUUAAAAUUCAUAAUACAGUAUAUUAGACACU